CUACACCGCCAGAACAGAUGUUUGGUCUGAGCGAGCCCACUGGCUGUUUUUCUUGUGGAAAAGUUUCAAUUUAAUUAAAAAGAGAGAUUUAAAACCAACUACAAUCCGAGACAUGUCGGGAAAUAUGACUUGCGCGAACAUCAAUCUGAAUUUUACGCACAACUUUCUGCCGCCUGUGUACAUCACUGUGUUCGUCGUCGGGACGCUGUCCAACAUCUGGGGGCUAAGAAGCGUGUGCACCAGCUGGAACAACAUUGGAAGCAUCAACAUCUUCAUGCUCAACCUCGGGGUGGCGGACCUGCUGUAUCUGUCCACUCUGCCGUUCCUUGUGGACUAUUACGCGCACGACAGCCACUGGAAGUUCGGCCAGCCUUUCUGCAAGGUGACCCGCUUCUGCUUCAACCUCAACCUUUACGGCAGCAUCGGCUUUCUCACCUGCAUCAGCAUCUACAGGUAUUUGGGCAUCGUGCACCCCAUGAGAGUGAUGGGGAAAAUCGCCAGCCACCACUCGCUGGCUAUAAGCGCCCUGGUCUGGCUUUUCGUCAUUGUUCAGAUCCUCCCUGAUAUGUUCUACGACAAAAAUGAUCUAAUCGCACCAAACUCGUGUUUCGACACCACCUCGAACGAGCUGACCAAGGCCUACCUGCCCUACAGCCUAGCUUGGACCGUCACAGGCUUUGUCAUACCAUUGGUUAUAAUUCUGGUCUGUUACGGACACGUUGUUUUUGUCCUUGCUAAAAAAGCCAAUGUCAACCCUCUGUUGAAGCAGCGGUGUUUGAAACUGGUUGUGAUUCUGGUGAUACUAUUCUCCAUCUGUUUCAUACCAUACCACGUGUUUCGAAAUGUUAAUCUGAAAACCAGGAUUUUGAAACAAAAUGGGAUUUGUCACGCCAGCUUCCGCGACAUCUACAUUGCUCAUCAGGUCGGCAGAGCUCUGGCUUGUUUAAACAGCGCAAUAAACCCUUUGAUUUAUAUAGUUGGAAAUGAUGAAUUUCUCAUGAAGCUUCAUCACAUCAGUAGGCGGGUCCGGCUAUCAGUGGCAGACCUGACAGGCACACUCCUUUACCGCAAACCGGUGGAAGGGAUCCCGGAUUCGCCGUCAGAUACUCCUGUUACCUCCGACCUGAUGAAAGCAUAAGACGCACAAUCGGUCCAUCCGACAAACAUUUCAGUGCUGCGGAGUCCUUGCAUAUCAUGCACCGCCAGAACUUCCACAUUUCCGGAAAGUGUGGUAAUGACCGAUGAUUUGAAAGAUAUUACGCUUGUUAACGAUGUCGUAAAUCAUCAGGGCACCAAGAUGGCAGUGCGGAGAGAAAAACAAAUGUCCUGCUUGCGAAUUUUCUCUGAACUUUAUAACAAAAGACAGAAAUUGCUAUUUGCUGCUGCAGCUCAUGUUAUCAUCUCAUUUACUGCAGUUUUUGCUUCAAGCAUUCAGUAUUGUGCCAAGGUGCUGUUGCACUUUCUGUGUAUUCAUGUGUUUGUGUGCUUUAAAGCAGAUAUCCUGUGAUUAACACCCUACUUUACAAGGUAGGGAAAGUCUAAUCCAUGUAUUUUGCUUCAGCAUUGCCAGGGACUUGUAAAUAAUUUACAAUAUAUUUCACUACCUUUGCACUCUUACAAGAGAAGAUUUGAUUGAUAAUGGUUUGUAUUUUCCAUCGGUUAUGUAACAGAUCCUUUAAGGGUUUUGAACAGAAGCACUUAUUUCAUUUAACUGUCAGAGUGGCCAUUCCACAGCCCUUAUAUUGCAAGAUUAUUUAAAGAAAAUAGACAUGGAUUUAAUAAGGAACUGCAACAGCUAUGAAAGUGCUGGGAUCUACAGUCUGGUGGAGGAAAUAAGCAAAACCUCAGUAAAGCUAUAAAUACUACGCUGUAAAAAUUCUUCAUUACAAGUAAAAGUCCUGUAUUAAAAUGUUUUCUUACAUAAAACUACUUAAGUAUUAUAUUUCAAAUGCCAUCAAGUAUCACAAAUUAAAGUACUCUAUUAUGCAGAA